CCUUAUAUACGCUUCUUGAGCGCAGCUCUUCUGCUAGUUCUCUGCUUCCUCCUGACGUUCCUGUUCCAGGUCUGCACGGCUGCCUAACUUUCUCAUAUAGGGGUGAAGAAAACAGGUGGACAAGAUGUCUGAAAAAAAGAUGACAUCGAGCCGCCGGCACAAUCUCAAGAGUUUGGUGCUCAGCAUUGCGAAGGGUCUUCUGGAGAAAGAAACGGCUCAGAUUAAAGUGGACAAGGAGAAAUACAUGUCAGAGAACUGCCCUCCUCUGUCUAUGCCCGGAUCUACACAGGAACUGCAGGAGCUAUGCAAGAAACUUCACCAGCAAAUCGACAAGGUUGAUGAGGAGAGGUAUGACCUGGAGUCCAAAGUGGGCAAGGCCAACAAAGAGAUCGAGGAUCUGAAGAUCAAGGUGGUCGACCUGCAGGGCAAGUUCAAGAAACCUGCGCUGAAGAAAGUGCGUCUGUCUGCCGAUCAGAUGCUCCAGGCUCUGCUGGGCUCCAAACACAAGGUGUCUCUGGAUCUGAGAUCCAACCUCAAACAAGUCAAGAAGGAGGUCAAAGAGGAGGUUGCAGAUGUCGGCGACUGGCGUAAGAACGUUGAAGACAAGGCCGGUAUGGACGGCAGGAAGAAGAUGUUCGAGGGCGAGGCCUAAAUUCCCGGACGUUUCUUUCUUUACUUAUCAUAGGAACUUGUCAGAGCUGUGCGGUCAUUUAUCUUUUUGUCAUUUCAUCUUUUCUGUUCUCUGUGCCUCAAAUGAGCAUUUGUUUCACGCAGUGUGAGCAUCCUGAAAGGGAAUUAACUCAUGUGUAUCAUCGCAGUGCCACUACUAUUAAACGAAUGCUUCUGAGUUAAA